AAGGAUGGCGGAGUCACACCUCUGAAGUGGGAGCAUAUUCUGAUCUGUGUCCCCCACGAGAAGACUUUUGUUUACUAUAAAUUGUGGCAAGAAAUGUCUUCUUUGAGUAGAAAAUCAAAUCCAUCGAGGGAUUAAAAAACAACUUGAUGACCUUUGCCGCCUGAACUUAUAGCCGAAGGCCCUGGGAUUGUAUGCAGUUCAAACACUUAAGCAUGUGGCCUAUGGGUGCCACAGUCCAGCUACUUCAAAGGGUUUUUUCUCCCAUGGCAUUUUAACAAAGUAUCAAUAGUAUCCCAAAAACCUUUGGAUCACAAGGCCUUUAUUUCAAGGAUAAUCAUAAAUACAUGGGCCUGUAUAGGGAUGUUUUCUUUAAAAGCCUCCACGGCUAUCUGUGUCUGUUUUUUCCUGAAUAAGUAACCUGACAAGAAAGACUCCCAUGAGCAACUUUGCAGGAGGCCCGAUAACGUCGACAUGAGUAGUACUUUAGGCAAAGAAAAAGACCUGAAAGAAAAGGACCCCAAAGGUGGUCCAGCGGGGAAAGAAAGGGAAAAGGAGGCCAAGGCUCUAGCCGGCUUAGUAAAGGAUGGUGGCAAAGAAACGAAGACCAAAGGGAAAGACGCCAAAGAAGGAAAGAAGGACACCAGCAGCUCAACACCGGGUGUUGCCUUCUCUGUUGACAAUACAAUAAAGCGGCCAAACCCGGCACCAGGUACACGCAAGAAGUCCAGCAAUGCCGAGGUGAUCAAAGAGCUCAACAAGUGUCGGGAGGAGAACUCAAUGAGACUGGACCUUUCUAAAAGGUCCAUUCACAUGCUGCCCACCUCCAUAAAGGAGUUGACGCAGCUGGCUGAACUCUACUUGUACAGCAACAAGCUGCAGAGCCUGCCGGCGGAGGUGGGUUGCCUAUCAGGUCUGGUCACUUUGGCCCUGAGUGAAAACUCCCUGACCAGUUUGCCUGACUCCCUGGACUCUCUUAAGAAGCUUCGAAUGCUCGACCUCCGGCACAACAAGCUGAGAGAGAUACCGGCUGUUGUCUACCGGCUGACAUCUCUGACCACGCUGUACCUGCGCUUCAACCGCAUUACAACUGUGGAGAAGGACAUCCGAAACUUAUCCAAGCUCACUAUGCUCAGCAUUCGUGAGAACAAAAUUAAACAGCUGCCCGCAGAGAUAGGGGAGCUAUGCAACCUCAUAACUCUGGAUGUUGCCCAUAACCAGUUGGAACACCUACCGAGAGAGAUUGGGAAUUGCACACAGAUUACCAACCUCGACUUGCAGCACAAUGAGCUCUUGGACCUCCCAGAGACUAUAGGCAACCUGGCAAGCAUAAACCGUUUAGGUCUGCGAUACAAUAGAUUGUCAGCCAUCCCCAGAUCAUUAGCCACAUGUCGAGAACUGGAGGAGCUAAAUCUUGAAAACAACAACAUUUCAGUGUUGCCAGAGGGCCUACUGUCAAGUUUGGUUAACCUGACCAGUCUAACACUGGCGAGGAACUGCUUCCAGUCGUACCCUGUGGGUGGACCAUCCCAGUUCUCCACCAUCUACUCCCUCAACAUGGAGCACAACCGCAUCAACAAGAUCCCCUUUGGUAUCUUCUCCAGAGCCAAAGUGUUAAGCAAGCUUAACAUGAAGGACAACCAGUUAACAUCUCUGCCGUUGGACUUUGGCACAUGGACCAGCAUGGUCGAGCUUAACCUGGCCACCAAUCAGCUGACAAAGAUCCCAGAGGAUGUCUGUGGUUUAGUCUCUCUGGAGGUGUUAAUAUUGUCCAAUAAUCUUCUCAAGAAGUUACCCCAUGGUAUUGGGAAUUUGAGAAAGCUACGCGAACUUGACUUAGAGGAAAACAAGUUGGAAUCUCUACCCAAUGAAAUUGCGUAUCUUAAAGAUUUACAGAAAUUGGUGUUGACAAAUAAUCAGCUGACCACGUUACCCAGAGGCAUCGGCCACCUCACCAACCUGACUCAUCUUGGUUUGGGGGAGAACCUGCUGCAACACCUUCCAGAGGAGAUUGGUACACUGGAGAACUUGGAGGAACUGUACCUCAAUGACAACCCCAACCUGCACAGCCUCCCGUUCGAGCUGGCCCUGUGCAGCAAGCUGUCCAUCAUGAGCAUCGAGAACUGUCCCCUCAGCCACCUGCCGCCCCAGAUUGUCGCGGGAGGCCCCUCCUUCAUCAUCCAGUUCCUCAAGAUGCAGGGACCAUACCGUGCCAUGGUCUGAGCCAAGAGAAGCUCAAUCCCAGUCCUUCUUACCUCCAAACCCUCCACUUGCUCUGCACACUUUCACCUGCCUGCCCCAUUAUGUGUAUCAUACACUGUAAAGAAAACAGACUGGCCACAAUCAGCGUCUGGGGGUAAUUACAAGGAGGAGGAGGGGGAAGAUGAAAAUGUUUCUUUUGCCAUCCUUGGGCAGAAACGAGGUGAAUCGUCUGAGACUUGACUUCUGUGUUACUCCAGAGUUCAUCACGAUCAUUUUAAGACCCCAGCCAUCCCCACUCAUGUUUCAUUCCGAAUCAUACAAGAGGGAAAUAUUUCCGUCUCUUUGCCAAAACUGAAGAUAUAUGAAGUUCUAUAUAUUGAGUAACUGUGAGCUAAGGGGCAAGUCUUUUAACCAUAUAAACCGUGCUCCCAUUGCCAAUGUAUUUACAGUAAUUACAAGCAUCUAUUAUGUGAGCAAGGAUACAAUUGUAUGCAAAAACAAACAAAACAAGUCUUUGGAACUUCACAUUUACUGCUGCUGCUGUAAUUUUAACUUUGUCAUCUUGUUAUAUUUUCUUUUGAUAGUCACUAUUUUUUUUUUUUUUUACAUCACCAUCGCUCAAGAUAACUUAUGCUAACUGCUUCUUGACCGUGGAGAACAAAGGUCUAAUGAUGGCGUGUUUGUAAUUUUUUUUUAUCAUUUGUUUAUUUUUAAAAACUGUGCCUAUGUUUAGAGUGAUCCAGUGGUUCAUUUCUAAACAACAUUUUCCAUGAGAAUACAAAGAUAUAAAUUAUUUCAAUAAUUUUUUAUUACUGCUGUUUUUACUUAAGUUUAUUCUCUUUUUUUUUUUCUUUCUUUUUCCUUUUGAUGUUGCAUUAAUCUGUUUAAACAAGUGAUAUCAAUUGCAAAAUACGGUGAUUGGAGAUAUUUUUAACAAAUAGCAGCAGCAGUUGUUAAACAUUAAGGUAGUAAUGUAUACAUAUGAAAAAUGCCAAUCAUACAUGCUUGGGGAAAAAAAACAACUAAGGAAGUCUGACUUUUCUCCAACUCGGGUGGUGAUGUGACGCCCGUCUAUGUUGCUUUUGUGUGACGACAAGGUAUUGAAAAAAGGUGAUGGGGUAAAUGAUGAGAUUUUUUUAUAUAUAUAUUAUUCAAAACCUGGUUGUUGCCUUGAGUGCAAUUUUUAGUUAUGUUUACUGGUUUGAUAUUAUCUUCAGUGUUGGGCUGCAUAGCUGUCAUUGGAUUGACCAUUAACCAACAUAUCACACAUUUAAACAAAGACGUUCUCUGGGUCUCUGGAGCAAGUGGAGAGUGUGCUAGAGCGUCAAAAAAAGGUUUGAUAAUUAAACCUUGACAGGUAACACUUCCUUUUUUGUUAAUAUCCGUAUUAUUUCUGUAGUGGUCUAUUUUUGACAGGGUCUCCUAAGAAUCUUAAUUACAUGGUGGGAAAAAUAUUCCCUUGAUUUAGAAUUGUGAUUUCAUUUUUCUUCAUAUCUUCUUUUGUCCCACACUGUCCCAGCAAUGCUGCUGCUCUUAUGCACUUUUAAAAUAAAAAAGACAUUGGCAUCCUCUAUAUUACGGGAAAAAAAAACACACAGUAGCCUCUCAUUGGUUAUUUUGAAUAGAGGCAUUUUGUUUCAUAAAGUAUUUUAUCUCUUAAACACAUGGUUUAUUAUGUAAAUUUGUAUCAAUGAAAUAUAAAUAUUGAGUGAAGCAGGCUCAGAAUAUAGUAGUACCUUUCUUUGAGGAAGUUUUAUCCUGUCAAUCUUAAAAGGAACUUGCUCUCUUGAACUGUGAUAGGGUCGGGUGGCUUUGAGAUCUUUUAAGAUUCCCAUAUCUGUUCUUCAUUGCAAGCAAAACGUCUCAUUGCAGUUCAGAACAGCAUUGUUUAUUUUAAAAUCACUUCACAUUAAGUGUUUUCUUUUUACUAAAUGAUGAAAUGUGCAUUCAGUUAGUAUUAUUCCAAGUGAUUGUACAUUAAAAAUCCCAACAAAAAGGUAAUCAAACCAAACAAAUUGUUUUAAUUAUAAUUUUUAUUUUUUUGGAAAUGUGUUUCAUCCCCUCUCUAUAAUCAAUCAUGAUUCUGUUAUGUAUUGAAACUAUGGGUCUACUUGUUUUGCAGCAGCUUGGUGUGUUUUAGUGGGCUGUGGGUGGCGCUCCACCACGGGAGGCCUGUGUGAUGAGAGCGCCACAGCUCACCUCGGGGUGGGGCCGGGUCAUGGGGAACGAUGUGCCGCUGCUUCUAAUUUACCAGCAGAACCUGUCGCUGCUUUUUCCACUGAAACAUAUGCUGUACGAGACGGACGGACGGGGGGGGGAACGACCCACCCCCAACACUGAUACAGACUACACUCGAAAUCCUGACGAGGGACAGAUCUGCUGACCUUUUCCAUCUGGCGUCAGGCCCGGUGGGUUUCUCACCGAUCAAAUUGUUUGGACACAACGAUGAGACAACACAACAAGGUGCAUAUUUGAGCUCAACGCAGUUACAGUACAAGACUGUCGGAAAAAGACAACACAAAAAAAAUGUAAAAAGGGCUUUCUGUGUUCACGCUCAACAACACACCGGAGGCAUUGCAUUCCUGGGUUUUCUAUAAAAGCUUUGGAAGUUUCUCUUUUUUUUUUGUGUAUUUACUUUUAGCUGUAAACAAUUUGUGUGAAAAAUGCCUUCAACAAGUACUCAAACGUGAGAUGUGCAUUAGGUAUGCAGCGAGAGUGCUGUGACCCAUUUUUACAUUCGGUCUCAAUGUUUUUACUUUAUUCAUGUGCCAUUUUGCACGGUUGAGGAUGCCAGUGUAUGAAGACGCAGGGGAUGGUGGGGGGUGUGGCAGAAUCUGAACUGGGCUAAUUUACCGGAGAGCAUUUAGAGAGGAACGCAGACAGGUGUGACUUGUUGGAUUAAAAAUGAGUAAAAUUGGUGUUUAUUUUUCUAUCGUCUGUGAUUUUAGGCCGUUGAGAGCAUCGCAGACUCAAAGUCAUUUAGCUCUUCUUGCUUUUUAUUCUGGAUCAUACAACUUGUCUAUUUCUUGCCUGGUUAUUUUGUACAGGAAACAAGCAUGUUGAACACAUAAUGACAUGAUUUGUUUGGGUCAGAAUCGGGCGGUUUUUGCAUAGAGGACUUGGAAUUAGUGGCUAUUUGGUGUAUCUGCAAAUGCUCCCUUUUUGUAUAUUGCAAAGGGUAUCAAGGCAUUGUGUGGCAAUGCUUAUCCUACUUAAUCUACAUUGACAAGCAGCCUUAAUGGUCUUUUUUAUGUGUUUGUUUGGCUAUUCCUUGUGUCUAUGGCCACUGACUGUACUUGAUGACAAGCAACUGGUGGUUACAAUGUAAAUUUGGGUCUAGUUUCUUUCUGUCUUAUUUUUCCUUUUACUCUGUACAGUAAUCUGACAUUACGGUAGACUCAGUAUUACAACAUCUGUAAUGUGAUGAGACUUUUACAAAAAGACGGAAGAUGGAAGAUAAUGCCAUUAUGCUACCAAGUGGAUGUGCAUUAGCUUGCGUCUCACUUGUCUUUGGCAUUAAAGGGGAAUUCCACCAAAACUGACUUGCAUUUUUAUUCUGCAAAGGCAGAGCUUUUUUUCCACAGAAAGAAAAUAUUUUUUUGUUUGUUUUUUUCAUGUUUUUCACAGUAGUCAUAUCAUGUUUGAGUAAUAUGAUUGCGAGAUCAGGGCAAAUAAAAUGAUGUGACUUCAAAUGCAUACUUUUUUUUCUUCAUAUUAAGUUGCAGCUGUUUUCCGAAAAGACAAGCAUGACUUUAGAUGGUUCAGCUGGAUGUGGUAGGAACACUUUCUCCGUCUUGAGAGCCCCUAACUAUAAAAAAAAAAGUCUGCUUUUUGUAAUUAAACCAAGUCACUUUUGGUGGAAAGGCUCUUUUAAUGUGAAGCCACCAGCUUAUUCUCUUAUGUGAAUCCCACCUGCACACACCCACAAAACACACCCACUACUGGUACAUUUCUAGUAUGUCCAUACAUUUGCUUGUCUGCCUUGGGCACCAAGCAAAACCUUUAUGACCGUUUGAUUUAAUCAACAAAGACAGAUAAUCCAUUUUCUUUCUUUAAGGUCGGUGAAGGGAUCUGGGUCCACCGAUUAAACAGAUGUUGAAAGCAAAGUUGUUGGGUCAAUUGUCACGACUGGGCGAGCAGAUGCAGACAUGACUACCUCUAUGUGAGUCUUCAUUGCUAACCACAGUGACCAAGAUCCAGUCUGAGGUGUUUCUACCUGUGUACAUAGAAAGCUGCGUGUUGGCAGCGGGGAUUUGGAUUGGGACUAGGAAUUCAACCACAAUUAGUUUUACUAAGCAUCUUUCUGUUGUUUUAUUAAGUAUUAUUUGGCAAAUGAAAAAGAGAAAAAAUGUGUGUGCUUGGUUGCAAAUGACAAACUUAAUCAACGCCGCCCUGUUGUAAGACGGUUAUCCUGAAACCAACUAGUUGCAGAGUACUACUUUGCAAUUGAUUGAAAAGUACCAUGUUUGGUGAUGCUCUGUAUGUACAUACAUCUUUUUAACUGUUAUAAAACGAUACAUAUUUACAAAUUUA